AUGGAUCUAGCUCCCAUUGAUAGCAAACGGGCUCGUCUGUCCUCGUGGUCUAGUACCACCUCACAGCAGCCAACCACAUUACCGCACCCGCACUCCACGGCUCAUUUGCCUCCCCCCUCCCAUCCUCAGCAUCCCUCUUCUGCUGCUCCCGGAUAUCAAAACUACCAGCCCCGGCACUCCGACAUCUCUCCCAGUCAUCCUCCAACCUCUGGGCAUGGCCUUCUGCACCAUCCUGACGUCGACCGUCGCCAUCACGACCAAGAGGCUCUCGCUCCCAUGCACGACCACUAUCGACAUCCGCAGUCUCAGCCGCAGCAGCCACCUCCUCACUCACCGGCGCAGACGCACUACCCAUCCUAUUCCUCGCGAGAUUCCUUGAUAAAGCGAGAAGGCCCUGAAGACAUUCGUCGCCCGACAUCGGGCAGUCAUGGUCUCGACACUGGCCAUGGAUCUGCUUCGCAUCACUCCGUCCCUCCCCCGCAUGCCCAUGCCUAUUCUUCCGAGCCUCAGCGCCAUGUCAACUACGAACCUGCUCCGCAGCUUCCUCCAACACCAUCGCCGUAUCGCCACCACGCCGGCCCUUCGUCAUCCAUGCAACCCCAUCAAGCUUACGAGAGCCAAAGCCAACCCGGCUACACAUCUUCAGGGGAUCAGCCCAUGUAUGGUAGUGGAAUGUACUCAGCCUCCGGUGUCAUCCCAGUAAAGAAGAAGAAUACGAGAGCUUCUCAGGCUUGCGACUCAUGCCGUCAACUGAAAGCGAAAUGCGACGAACUAAGACCAUGUAAAACAUGCAAGGACAGAGGCACUGAGUGCAAAUAUCGCGACCCGCCGCCCAAAGUCGCUGACAAAACCCAAUCGGAUAUUCUUGAUGGUAUCGCCUCUAUGCAAAGUCAGCUUUCCACACUUGUUGAGCAUUUCGCUCGCAUGGACGAACGCAUUUCCAAAAUCGAGUCAGUCGCCCUCAAAUCUGAUCCUACUCUCAAAGUAAAUCCGGUGAUCGAGAAUCAUUGCAAAACUGAGAGUACACCACUCACUGGAGACGAAAUGGCCAUCUACUCAUCGCAAGACGCAAUCGUGGCUGGUCCCGACCAAACCAUUUUGCCCGAAGACGAAGUCGAAACCGAGCCCGGCCCCCCGCCCCCUGUCGGCGAGCCUGCCAUUCCCUUACACCAUACCACACUGGCCGGUCUUUUGUUGAAUUGGCCCUCCAUCCGAGAGAUGACAAAGCAUCACGUUGAGCGGGAAGGUGUAGGCUAUGUGGGGGAGUACCCCAUCAGUCAGGAACAAAAUCGAGGUUUGCUGAUUUUAUACGGGCGUGGUGAGGAUAACAGAAUGUCACGGAAGCAGCGCGAACGGGAACAUGACCAGCAAAGCGUUGACACGCCUGACGAUUCAUCCGACUCCCCGUCACCCUCCACAGUGACCGAAGCGGCAGACUGGGGGAAUCUAGGUGGCUUGAGCCCAUAUGACCACGUCGAUUAUAGAAGCGGUGUUCUCGGUCCCGAUGGCCUUCCUGACUUUUCCGAGGGUACAGUAUUGCGAUAUGUUGAGUCCUUCAAGGAAAACAUUCUCAAUAUGCAUCCCAUCGUACAACCUCAGAUACUCGAUCAAUGGGUGCGCCAAUUCCUCGACUCUUUCCCGUUACCAAGCAACAAGUUAAGCACCAAGGCUAGCACAGCUUGGGCCGUAAGCAGUUCGAUGGAGCCCCCUGGUUCAAAGCGUAAGAGGACAUCACCAGCGCCUCCCGACAAUAUGGACACAUCGUCGGCGGCAUCACCCACCCAGAGAAUGAGUCGACCGAGUCGGACGAUACAUACAGCACUCAUCCUAGCUGUGUUGGCACUUGGAAAGGUCUGCUUGCACCGUGAUUAUGUGCCCGACGCCCUUCACGUGGGUGAUCCGAUGCCUCACGGAAGAUUUCAUCUGAAUGGCAUUCCUCAAUCGCCUAAGGGCUCGCCGCCUGGUGAUGCGUCGCAGUCGCAGCCAUCGAGCUCAGCGUCCCCUCGUGAUCAGGAUCGUCCAUACCAACAUGGUCGGCGUUCGUCUCUGGCAGGCAAUACCCGUCCCGGCCUACUCAAGAAAAAUUACGAGAAUAUACCUGGCUUGGAGUACUUUGCUUUUGCAACCGACAUUCUUGGAAACCACAUCGGCUCCUACAAUAACAUGAAAAACGUCUAUGCAGACAUCUUUGCUGGACUCUACCAAGGUCAGCUCGGAAGGCCUUUGGAGAGCUUUUCGUUCAUCAACAUGGCAAGCCACAAGCUCCAAGUUAUCAUGCGGCCUAGUUUGGAGAAGCUCAAGAAGUUCAAAACCACGCGCGCAUUUAUCAAAGAUACAAAGUACAACCAGCUUUCGUUGGCAUUCUGGACCUGUCUGCAGUUGGAGAGUGAUUUGCUUGCGGAACUUCCUCUCCCGCCUUCAGGCCUUUUGUCCUAUGAAAACGACAUCCCGCAUCCAAACAUGAGCCUGCUAGAGGGCUUCCCCAAGCCUGUUCUCGACAGCUAUCUCGGCCAACUUUACCUACGGACGCAUCUCAACAGCAUUCAUCGCAUGUUCUACGCGCCGGAAGACCCGGCCAAGGGGGGUCGAUUGGAUUUGCCGUAUAGAAGUGUUGAUAUAGUAUUGGAUGCGGUUUCAGAUAUGAAAUGGGUGGGGCCAAGUUUCGCCUUCAAGGAAGAUGAUCCUCCAGCCGGCGAUAUUUUAUCAGCCAGACUUCGUGCCAAGUACUGGGGUGCUCAAGUCCUCACGUUUCGACCUUUUUUGAGGCAAAUGUUGCAGUUUUCGUUUGUUAAGAACCAUCCGAGCACUGGACAACCGCCCUCAUCUGAGUUUCGCGCCGAGGUCGAUGCUCCACGCAUCGAUCCGCAGGCAAGAAACGUACAGGACUUGGAUCCCCGAAUUCUCGUACUCGCCAAAAAGGCCAUCAAUGCUCUGGUUGAGAGCACAAGGGCUUUUCAUGGGCUUGGAGAGAAACGACCUAUUAUUACCAGCGUCUUUGGCACCGCGCACGCUCAAUGGGGCAACCUACUCGUCUUGUCUGCUGCUUUGAGAGAUCCCAUCAUGGGCGAGUUCGUCGACGAAAAGCUCCUACGCCACUUAUUCCAAAAGACGAUCGGCUUUUUACGUCAAUCCGCCACGGCCACAAGCUCACUGCGCGUCGACAUGCAUAUCCUAGAAGGAAUCCAAAAAGAUUUAUGGGGGAUUGAGCCUUUCUGCCCCAACAACAUGGGAUUUCCAACAACGGCAUCGCGCACGUCAUCCGAUAGCAUCGACAUGCCGCCGCCGAGAAAUACCAUUGAAGGGGACGCAACACCGCAAAUGCACAACAGCCGCUUGACGCCAGCUCCAGGGUGA